AUGGAGUCGGUUCUGAUCAAAGUGACGGCGUUGGAAGAUCUGGUGAGGUUUGAGAAGAAGUGCAACGCCAAACCCAGCGCCAUCUCCAAAGGGACCACGUUUGAGUACGCUUGAUGACUUGUCUGCAGCAAAUACAGCGAGGACAUCAAGAAGGGCAUCGUGCUCCUGGAAGAUCUGUUGCCCAAAGGGAACCAAGAAGAAAAGCGAGACUAUGUCUUCUACCUCACAGUUGCCAAUUACAGGCUGAAGGAGUAUGAGAAAGCUCUGAAGUACAUCCGGACGCUGCUGAAGACUGAGCCAACCAACAAGCAGGCCUUGGAACUGGAGAAGCUCAUCAACAAGGCCAUGCAGAAAGACGGCCUGGUCAGCAUGGCGAUCGUUGGUGGCAUGGCGCUGGGCGUAGCAGAGCUGGCUGGCCUGAUCGGCUUGGCUGUCGCCAAAUCAAAAUUGUAAC